UUCUUCUCAACGAGAAAUGUACCUGUUGGAGUGAAUUUACUUUUCUAACCUUUUGCUUUAAUUGUAUCUUUCCAAACCCCAUAAUUCCUUAACCGUAACUUCACCUUUUUUCCUUUUUUAUCGCUCUUUUUAUUUAUUUAAAAGUGUGGUGACGUGGCAUGCUGUAGAUUAAGAUUGGACGGCUAGGAUGAAUUAUCACUCACGGCGAAUCUUAACUCUUGACGAGUCAUCACGGAAGCGAAAAGACCGAGACACGUUUUAUUCGUCUCCAAGACCGUCAAAUCCACUAACGCCCGUUAGUAAUGCUAAUCUUACGACGUCGUUCGCUAAACCCGACCCGAAGAAGAAGGGUCAAAUGCCUAAUUCAGUUUUAGCCGGGUAUAUGGCUUAUGAGUAUUUAACUAAAGGAACUUUAUUGGGUCAGAAAUUUGACCCGGCUCGACCUAGAGCUGCUGCUCCGGUUAAUGCUUUAGCUGACCCGAAGAAGAGAAAGUCCAGCCCGGAAGAGUCGGAGCCGAAGCCGAAUCAGAAUUAUGUUGAGAUAGCGAGCUUGUUGAGGAGUGAUGGGACCCACAUUCCUGGUAUUGUCAAUCCGACGCAGCUGGCACAGUGGAUUCAGAUGUGACAUUUCAAAAAAAAGGCGGAGGCGUGAGAUGAGACGAAA